AUGGGAGGAGAGAACGGGCAGGGCGGGGGGGGGUCGCAACUGGACAGCGCGGAGCUGGACGUGCUGGAGAAGGCAGUGCGCAUCCUGCACCUGCGCUACCGCUCCUGCCUGCGCCCCCACAACCCGUUCCCCGUCCCGUCCCAACACCACUCACCCCACAUUCCCCUUCCCCCCCUAACCCGCACCCCCAUCCCUCCCUUCACCCGCACCCCUCAUCCCCCCCUCACCCCGACGCUCCCUCCCCCCGCUCCCCGCUCCCCGCUCCACCCUCCCACGCCCACGCUCCCACACCCACAGAGAACGGGCGGGGCGGGGGGAGGGCGACCCCCUUCUUCUACUCUUUCCCACAACCUCCCCAUCGCCCCCGCAACCUCCCCACAACCCCUCCCCUUCCCCCACCAGGGCGAUCCCCGUCGCCUGGCCCUCUUUGCCUUCCGCACAUUCGCCCUGCGCGCCGAGCUGGACGCGGAGGCCCUCCGCGACCUGGACGAGCCUCCCCCAGGCAACGCCUGGCCCGUCUCCUCCUACCGCGUCGGCACCCCGCGGCUCAGAGCCCUCCUAGAAGACAUGGUAGAGGAGGUGGAGAGCCUGUGGAACGCCACUAACAGGACUCUCUAUGAGGUUGCUAUAGUGCUCGCGCCGGUUCUGGCUCAGUACGCGUUGCUGGGGAAGGCGGUGGGAAUGGCUAUGGAGCAGUAUUACGCGCGGCUGACUGUGAGGAAGCACGGGCGGGUGGUCAUGGCGGUGGGAGAUGAGAUUAUCCUGUGGGACGAUGGGUUGGAAGAUGUUAGGGAGCUGUUUUUGGCUGAAAAGGCAGCAGAUGAGCAGCCGUUGGGUUCGGCCGUGAGAAUCGACAGCAUGAAUGAUUACUCGUGGUUUGUCUCUUGGAACGGGACGUCUGCAGUGGAUAAUAUCCCGAGUGAAGUUUCAGUGAAGAAACUGCUGCACUCGAUCGGGGCGCCGACGGCGCGGCUGGCGGGGUUGAGAGCGCGGGAUAAGGGGCUCCUGAUGGGUGUGACUGUACCGGAUGUGAGAAUAGAGGCAGAGAAACGGGUGCUGGCGCAGCUGCAAUGGGUGGUGGACGGCGGGGGGAAGCUGGAGAUUAAAGCCGCUCGGCCGCAGCACCAGGGGAUCAGUGCGGGCGUGGGGGAGAGGGAGGUGAUAGGGAGGGGGAAGAGAGCGGCGGGAGGGGGAACAGGGGUGGCGGCAGGGGGUGGUGCGGGAGGGGCGGGGGCGGCAGGGGGAGGGGGAGCGGGAGGGGGAGCAGGGGGAGCGCUGGGCGGAGGAGGAGGGGGGGAUGAUAAGGCACUGCUGAAGAGAUCGUUUGCCAAGAGGCUUGAAUCUCUGGACUCAGCAGGAAUGGACGAGCCCGAGCCAGCACAUGAAAUCCCCUAUGAGGACCUUGUAGAAGCCACAAAGAACUGGGCGGACGACCUGCAGCUUGGGGAAGGGGGCUCCGCGAUUGUGUAUAAGGGAGUGUCGCCGGAUGGAGAGCUGUGGGCGGUGAAGCGAGGGAAGAAGGGCGGGCUAACACGGCUUCAGGACUACCAUAGGGAGAUCGAGGCAGUUUCCAAGAUGCUUCACCCGAACCUGGUGCGCCUGAUGGGAUUCUGCCAUGAGAACGAGGAGCAGGUGUUGGUCUACGAGUAUGUGGCCAAUGGGACGCUCAGACAACAUCUAUCCCCGUUACAAGGCGACACGGAGAAGGGGGUGCUGUCGUUUGAGCAGCGGAUAGAGGCGGCGGUGGGGGUGGCCGAGGCUCUGCUGUACCUGCACUCGUGCAAGCCUGUGUUGGUGCAUCGAGAUGUGAAGAGCCUUAAUGUGUUCAUGGAUGACGAUUUACAGCCGAAACUAGGGGACUACGGCAACCUCAAAUCGAUAGGCGACGACGAAAGCGCCACCACACACACGCGCGUGGUGGGCACACCAGGCUAUCUGGACCCGCAAUACUGCCAGACGAGUGUGGUGUCUGUGUGGAGUGAUGUGUACAGUUUCGGAGUCGUCAUGCUGGAGCUCAUCACAGCCAAGCCUCCGGUGCUCAAGGAAGCUGACGAUUCCGGAGAGAGAAUGGCACUCGCGAAAUGGGCCACCCCUGCCAUCUGUGCCGGGAAUCUAGACGCAGUAGUCGACCCCAAUCUAGCCCAGGCGUUCCCCCAGCAGCCGAUGCAGGCAUUCGCCAGCCUGGCAGCCAUGUGUGUGCAGCGGCAGCCCAAGGACCGACCCAGCAUGCAGGAGGUGGUGCGAAGGCUCAAGGUCAUUCGCCAGGCAGCAGCAGCAGCAUCAGUCUCCUCCCCUCCGCCCAUCAACACGCGCACCAACCCAUCAAUGCAACGAAUCCUCCCCCCCAAGCCCGGCAGCCGGGGCUCCUGGCGAGACAACCAGCACCUCACUCCGCCCAUGUCGCCCCUUCUACCCACCACCCCCGAACCCUCCUACUCCCCCCGCGCCGCUGCCGCUGCCGGCGGCGGCAGCAGCGGGAUGAAAGAACACCAGCCUUCAAGGCACAGGCUCAGCCAAACGCAACUAGACAAGCAGCAACAGCAGGCGCAACAGUCGCAACAGCUAUCCCAGCAGCAAUUACCACCCCAGCACCACCACACCUCCCACUUCGCCCAGUCACCACAGCCCUCCACUCUUCCUCCCUACAUGUCCACAAUCCCCAAGUCAAAAUCGGCCGAUGUGCCGGGUGCGGCAGCAGCGGCAGGGGGAGGAGGGGCGGCAGCGGCACAUGCGAAUGCACAUGUGCAUGCGAGAACAAACUCUAUGGUUUCGCAAGCUGGUGCGGGUGGGUCUGUGCCAGUGGCGGCACAGGCGGAGUCGAGCAGAGGGCGCAUGUAUGGGCUGGGGCGGAAGGGGAAGAUGGUGAGUGCUGCUGCUUUGCUCCCAGGGGAUAAGGCGAACAGGCAGGUGACAGAGGUGACUUUUGAGUCGAAUCAAAAGUCACCUCAUGAUGAGGGGGGUGCCAUGCAAAAGGAGAUGGCAGCACUGGCGAAGCUGCAGCACACGAAUCUGGCAGCCAUCCUGGGAUAUGCAGCAGACAAGGAGGAUAUGCAGAUCGCCUAUGACCUCCCUCCCAACUGCACGUGCCUCGAGAACUACCUCUUUCCAGAGGAUGGAGAGGGAGAGUUUUUGCCGCUGAGAGUACGCCUCAAGGUGGCAGUGGGGAUCGCCAAGGGGCUGACCUUCCUGCACUCGAGUGCAGUGGUGCAUGGGAACCUGCUGUCGAGAAACAUCAUGCUGGAUAAGAACUUUACGGUGCUGUUGACUGGCUAUGGUUUGGCGACCAUGCUGUCCAAGACCAGCACACGCAAGAACCUCAAAGGCCCGGAUGGCAUGGCCAAGGACGCGUUCGACUAUGGGGUGGUGCUAUUCGAGCUGCUGACGGGGCGGAGGGGAGCGCUGGUGGCGGACAGGGAGGGCGCGGACGGGCUGAUCGCGUGGGCAGAGCCGCGCAUCGAGGAGUACGAGCUCAGCGCUGCUUGCGCCGAGCCCACUAAACGAGUGAGUGAGUGGCUGGGGAAGGAGGAGGCGGGUGGAAGAAGUGUGCAUGGUGGUGCGGAUGCUGGAUGUGCUGGUGAAAGAAUGUGUUCAGGAGGACCCCAUGUGCCGACCCACCAUGAAAGAUUUGGUGGUGAGACCAUACAGUCUCCAAGAGUCUCUGGCGUCGCAGUGAGGGGGGUGUAG